AUGGGGAAAAAGCGAAGGAAGUCCGACGACGGAUCGUCCAGCGACAGCCGGUCGCCGUCCCCCGACAGAAAAAGAAACUCGGGGAAUCCAGGCCCAGGCGAAAUGGGAGGCUUCAGAGCGCCUACAUCGGGGAGGCCAACGAUGACGGUGAAGCAAUUGCGUGAGGAGAGACAGAAGCUGCUGCACGAGCACUUUGGAUACAGCAACACCAACAAUCCUUUCGGAGAUCGCCUGCUGGCGGAGCCGUUUGUGUGGAAGAAGAAAAAUCAACUCCUGCAAGCUGCGGGCCAAAAGGGAAAGACGACAGUCGCUGCUCUCAUCCAUAGCUCGAAAAGCAAAGUUCAAGAGAUCGAAAAUGUGAAGCGUCGCCGGGAAGAGCGAGAGAAGGAAGAGGAGUUGAUGCAGCAACAACGCGAGGAGCUGCAGAGAGAAAAGGAACGCGAGCACUACGAGGAGUACGCCCAGAAAGAGGAACUCUUUCAUCGCACGAAUCAGCUGAAGAAGACGGAAAUUCGCUUGGAACAAAACCGCGCGCAGCUGAUCGAUUUGAUCGUCAAGGGUCUCAGAAUCAUCAAGGGAGAAAGAUUUGAUAAGAUGGAUGUUCUUCCCGGUCCGCCGCACGAGGUUCUCGAGACCUACAAGUCUGAGCCGGUGACGAUUUCGAUGUUGGAGGAUUUGAUUGCGGACGUGAAGUUGCACAUCGACGUGGACACGACGAUUGUGGACGCAGACUUCCAGGAUUUCUGGAAGAGUUUGCUGAUUCUCGCUCGCGAGGCUCUGGAGCGCGCUCAGAAGCGGAAAGAGGUGUUGGACCAGCUUGCAAGAAAUAGCUCGCCGCAAGUGGCAGCGGAAGCCGCCGCUCAACUCGCCGACACCGUCUGUCCCCAAAUUCGCGAUGCAGACACCGGAAUCGUGUUGAGUGUUGCUCACGAGAUCGAGGGUCUUUUAGGCGGCAAAACCGCUGCUGAACUAGAUGAACUCGAGGCGCAAAUCCGCUCCAAGUUCGAGGAAGAGGACAUCGACGUGGCGUACUGGGAAGGCAUCCUCAACAAGAUCCCGCACUUUCGGGCGCGCGCCGUGUGUCAGCAGACGUGGCAAUUGAUGACUCAGCGCGCCGCGGAGGCUGAGCGCGAGAUGGCGAGAGAGAGAGCGAUUAAGGAAGAAGAGGAGGCGAAGGCAGCGGCGGGGAAAGCGAAGAGCGAAGAACUGGAGGGCCUUCUCCUCGAGGAAGCAGAUGCGCGCAAGCUCGCCCGACAACAACAGAUCAAAGAAGACGCAAUAAAAGUUGCGCGCAGCGUGGAGAAAGAUGUGAACCCGAACGCAGACGGUUCCUUCUCGCCGGAGCUGGAGCCGUACGACGAAGGCGAGUUGCCGCCGCCUGUGCGCGGUCCGUAUAGCCCGCCGCUGUGGCCUUUCGAUGAAUUCCGGCACGCCGAGAUUCUUGCGCCCGACGACGACGAAGACCGCCGUGCGAAUUUGAAGAAGAUCUUGAUUCAGAAGGAGCGGCAGAAACGCGCAGGCUUCGAGGAAGAGGAAGUCGCCCCGUCGCCGGAGGACCCUGGAGAUCCCGGCUCGUCUGUCGACGUCCUCGAUCCGGCUGCGAAGGUCACCACGUACGAGGAAUUUGUGAAGAAGGAAAAGAAAAACCUCGAGGCAGACGAAGAGGUGAUGGCUUCCUCUGCAGAACACAAAUUGACAAUGCACUACACGUGGGAGGAGAAGUAUCGGCCUCGGAAACCGCGCUUCUUCAACCGCGUGAAAACCGGGUACAGUUGGAACAAAUAUAACACGACGCAUUACGAUCACGACAACCCGCCUCCGAAAGUUGUUCAGGGCUACAAGUUCAACAUCUUUUAUCCAGAUCUGAUUGAUAAGACGAAGGCGCCAACGUGGUUCCUCGAGCCGUCCGAUACACCCGACACGGUCAUCAUUCGCUUCCACGCGGGGCCUCCGUAUGAAGACAUCGCGUUCAAGAUUUUGAACCGAGAGUGGCAGCUGGAGCGGUUUCGAGGAUUCCGCAACGUUUUCGAUCGAGGUAUCAUGCAACUCUACUUUUCCUUCAAGCGCUACAUCUAUCGGCGAUAA